AUGCUGCAGGAUUGCAAUGGGAAGGAAAACCCGCUACGAGCGCCGAUCGCCGAAGCCGAACACUCGCCGACCGAGGACGCUACACUACAGCCACCGCCGCCCCGGCCUCCUCAAGCAGCCGCUGCCUCGGCCACCGAACAGACGCAUUUUCCUUUGCCCGGAAAUACCAAACUGGACAUCAAAAGACACGCAGUGACGCAAGAUUAUAAAAUAUCCAGUCAGGUACUGGGUUUGGGGAUCAAUGGCAAAGUUCUACAGUGUUUCAACAAGAAGACUGGACAGAAGUGUGCGCUCAAGAUCCUCUAUGACAGCCCCAAGGCAAGGCGGGAGGUGGAGCUUCAUUGGACAGUGUCUGGAGGACCGCAUAUUGUUGGAAUCCUGAGCCUGUAUGAAAACAUGUAUCAUGGGAAGAAGUGCCUCCUUAUCAUCAUGGAGUGUAUGGAGGGGGGAGAACUGUUCAGCCGCAUCCAAGCCAGAGGAGACCAGGCUUUUACAGAGAAAGAGGCGUCUGGGAUUAUGAGGGACAUUGGAACGGCCAUUGAGUUUCUGCAUAGUAUUAACAUAGCACACAGAGAUAUCAAGCCUGAGAAUCUACUGUACACCUCAAAGCACAGUAAUGGGGUUCUGAAACUAACGGACUUUGGCUUUGCAAAAGAGACCACACAACACAACCCACUUCAGACCCCCUGCUACACACCAUACUAUGUGGCACCGGAGGUUUUAGGUCCUGAGAAAUAUGACAAGUCAUGUGACAUGUGGUCCUUAGGUGUCAUCAUGUACAUCCUGUUGUGCGGGUUCCCUCCCUUUUAUUCCAACACGGGUCAAGCCAUUUCACCAGGGAUGAAGAGGAGAAUCAGGAUGGGUCAGUAUGAAUUCCCCAACCCAGAGUGGGCUGAUGUUUCACAGGAAGGGAAAAGUUUGAUUCACCAGUUGCUGAAGACAGACCCCAAUGAAAGAAUGACGAUCAGUCAGUUUAUGAACCACCCCUGGAUCAGUCAAUCCAUGGUAGUCCCCUCUACUCCGCUACACACUACUCGAGUGUUGACUGAGGACAGGGAGAUGUGGGAAGACGUGAAGGAGGAGAUGACCAGCGCUUUGGCAACCAUGCGUGUCGACUAUGACCAGGUGAAAAUUAAGGACCUGGACACGUCCAGCAACCCCCUCCUCAACAAGAGACGCAAGAAAGCUGCUGCAGGAGCCAAGGGAAACUCCACAGUCUGCCAAAGUCAGUGA